AUUCAUAACCCACCCACCCUGUGCACCUAGCAGCGUCUUUCACCUCGCACCUCGCCCAGUCUUUCGAGAUUGACCCCGAUGGACCAAAUCGGUCGGGACGCCGCAGACGACCAGAAUGCGGGUCCUUCCUACCGCCCACCCAAACUCAAGAUGAAACUGAAGGAGACCAAGCUCGAGCGAGAAGAGAGACGUUGGAGAAAGGAGCAACGUCGGUUGAGAAAGGAGAGCGGUAGACUAUACCGAGCGAAUGGAGUCUCGCCCGUGGCUGGCAUGGCCAUCACCCCGCCGAGGCCGACCGGGGAUAGUCGAGAGGAGAGUAUCAGUCCACCGAGAAAGAGGAUCAGGAGGACGACGUCGAUCGAAGGGGAGGGAACGUUCGAGCCGAGUCGACCGGACGUCGGUCGCAACGCCUAUAUGCAAGACUGGGACGAUGACGUGUGGCAACCACAACCCUCCGCUUACAAGCGGGACGCCGAAGCUGCGAGAGCGGUUCGAGACGAACAGGAAUGGAGGCAGAAGAUGUUCGACCUGAUGGCAGACGAGGAGCAAGGUCCUAUCGAUCUGACGAGCGGACGUUAUCGAUCGCCACCGCUUCGUACGGCCCGUCACUACGAGCCUGACGAUGCGGGCGAUGGCUCACCGGCGAGCCCUCAUAUCCCCGAGAGGAUCAGGCGUGCUGCUGGAUGGAAGCAUGACACGCCAGAUUAUGCCAACAUGGACGAGGAAGAGUACUCCGAGGCGAUCCGCUACGGUAUGUGGCGGAGACGAAAUAAGGAAGAGGUCGAGCGGCAGGAACGAGCGGCCAAGUUCAAGCACGAGGAGGCCGAAAUCAAAGCCCGCUUGAAGCGUAUGCAAGAGGAAGAGGAAAAGAAACGGAUCGAGGUCCUCAAGCGGGAGACGGGCAAGGCAGAACAGAGACGGAGGGAAAGGGAGAUGAUCGAUUACGCCACCAAGUGGCAGAUCCUGCGAACUGGAAGGGCGGAACCGGACAAGGACCCCUCGGCAUCACCGCCCCUGCGUCUAGUCGAAAUACCCUGGCCCGUCUUUCUGGGCGCCGAGACUGCAGCCUUUCAUCCUACCAUGCUAAAACCCGAGCGUAUCAGUGCCUUUUUCGGAGCGCUGCUCGAGUACGAGCUCGGCCAGAAGCAGGAGGCAGACGGUCCAACCAUCAAAGCCCCGCCGAAAGGUGACACCUUGACCCUAAGACGGGUUCUGCGAGAUGCCAUCCUUGCCUACCACCCAGAUCGCUUCAUCGGCCGAUACCUCAACCUGGUCCAUGUUCCGGAGCAAGAAAUGGUUCGAGAGGCUGUCAUACGAUGCAGUCAGAUCAUUAACGACCUCGCAAACGAAAAUAAAGACAAGUUUUAACGAGCAAACCAGUCGAGCCAA